AUGGCGAAGCCACUCUUCUACCAACACGUCGCCCUAUAUUGGGGGUCCCGCCGGCGUUUACAAGCUGCCGAUUGUCGAGGUUAUCGACAAGGCUUGAACUCACUCGUACGCGCCAUCACUGCCAAUGAUGCUGCUCUGGGUGCGCAGGUCCACUCCCUCAACCUCACAGUCCCUGAAUUCGCCGUCGAGUACGACGACGAAAGCACUCCGGCGAGACGCUCGACGUCCUCCUCCCGCACCUCCGCACGCUCACCUUCUCUCGGCCCCGACACAUGGCCUGUCUCGAAGCUCGCACUCCUGCCUUCCCCCACCAAACUCACGCUCCUCACCCUCAACUCCUAUGCGCGUGCCAGUCUCUGGAGUACCUCACCAUCGACAUAG